GGAGGAGAAGAGGAGGAAGACCGGUGGUUGGGGCCAACCUGGUGCGUGGUUGUGAAGUCGGGGGCUGGAGAAACCUGCCUCGCCUAGCCGGAGAAAUCCCUGAAUUAAGGAGUAAUGUUGCGAAGGAUAAUGUCUCUGGCUGCUUAUUGUGUGGUUUGCUAUAGAAAGAUAGGAACUUUAGGUUCAACAUGGAAAGUUGAUCAAUCAUGGAAAGAUAUCAGAAAAAUUGUGAAGUUAACGGGCUCACUUAUUCUGGGUGGUUGUAUAUUUGCUACUUACGAAGUUUUGACUUUAAGAAAAUUAUUCAGUUUUGAUACCCAAGUGGUACAACAAGAAAAACUGAAAUCCUACAUCUACUUACAAACAGUUUCUUUAGAUCAAAGUGACUAUCAAGGAGUUAUAUGUCAAGUGAGAAAGAAGCUUCACCGAGCAGCCAAGAAAAUUAUAGAAAUGCAUGCUCGAAUUUUCCAAAAGCCCUUCGAUGAACGCUUCAGUACCCUUGAUGCAGAAGAACGCGAUUAUGCCUUGUGGCUGCUUGUGAAAAGAAGUCAAUCAAAUGAUAAAAUGGUCCGAUUACAAGCUGUGGAGGAAUUGGCCGCCAAUCGUUACUGGCAUGAUUAUCAGUACAGGACUGUUGCCCAAACAAGCGACCAGAGAACUGCUAUAGCUUUAGCACGGAGUAAAGACGUUGAUCUGCGAUUUUUCCUGCCUCCUCAUCUUUUACUGAAUCCACAAGAUACUUGUUGCUUAGAAGAUGAACUUCGACUGCUACUGGCAGCUUUACCUCAAACAGAUCUUGACCAGUGUGUACAGUAUUUUACCUCUUUAGCUUUAAGAGAAAGCAGCCAGACCAUAGCUGCCCAAAAGGGAGGCUUAUGGUGCUUUGGAGGUAAUGGACUUCCAUAUUGUGAAAGUCUUAGUACCGUACCGGCAAAGACAGUGGAACUCUUCUGUCUGCAAGCUUUAGUGGAACAUUCCAAGAUCCCUAGCCAUUGCAAUAAAAUUGAAGCAAACAAGGGACUUCAACUCCUGCAAAAGUUGUAUCACCUCCAUAGAGAUUCUCACAAGAUACAAAGAAGUAUCAUUCACAUAAUUGGAAAUAUGGCAUUAGACGAACGUCUGCAUGCAUCAAUAACACGUGCAGGAUGGGUUUCUAUACUAGCAGCUAUGAUGAAGUCUGCACGUGUCAUGGAAUCCUCUCACGCUGCAAGAGCCUUGGCUAAUCUGGACAGGGAAGUGGUGCAAGAAAAAUACCCAGAUGGUGUAUACAUUUUACACCCACAAUGUCGAACCAAUGAGCCCAUUAAAGCUGAUGUCCUUUUUGUUCAUGGCCUUUUGGGAGCAGCAUUUAAAACAUGGAGACAACAGGACCUUGAGCACUCUGCAGAUGAGAGAGACUUAGAUGUGGAAGAUGACUACAGUGAAUGUUGGCCAAAAACUUGGUUAGCAUCUGACUGUCCAUCGCUUAGAAUUAUUUCUGUGGAAUAUGAUACCCACCUUAGUGACUGGAGAACCAAAUGUCCUGUAGAGAGCUACAGAGAAUCUCUUGCAUAUCGAAGUACUGAGCUUCUCAAGAAACUAAGAGCUGCUGGAAUUGGAGACAGGCCUCUCAUAUGGCUGUCGCAUAGCAUGGGCGGCCUUCUAGUCAAGAAAAUGCUGCUGGAUGCUUCCAUGGACCCUGAAAUGGCUUCCAUAGUGGACAGCACGCGGGGGAUUGUAUUUUAUAGUGUUCCUCACCAUGGCUCCCGGUUGGCUGAAUAUUCUGUAAAUAUUCGAUUUCUGCUCUUCCCUUCUGUGGAAGUCAAAGAGCUCAGCAAAGAUUCGCCUGCCCUGAAAGCACUGAAUGACGACUUCAUCUCAUUUGCCAAGAACCAGAACUUUCCAGUAUUAAGCUUUGCAGAAACUUUGCCAACACGAGUUGGCAGAAUGCUGAGUCUGCAUGUCGUGCCAGUAGAAUCUGCAGAUUUGGGCAUUGGAGAACUCAUCCAGGUAGAAGUUAGCCACCUCAACAUUUGCAAACCGAAGAACAAAGAAUCUUUCCUGUAUCAACAGACCUUAAAGUUUAUUCAAGAUUCUCUAAAAAGGGAGCUGGGAAGUCACUGAACGACCACACUGUGCAUAUUUGUUCUUUUACUGGAGCAGUUAUGCCAACUUUUCUUUGAAUCUGGGCCUGUCCUUGGCAGGGCAGCUGUUUUAUUACAGUCAAGCUAUUUUUUUUUACCAUUGCUUAAUGGGAAACAGUGGAUGUAUUUCUGGUGCUGUAUAUUGUACAAAGCAUUGUUGUUCAUUUUGAGUUCCAUUUAACGCUUGACAAGGAAACGGUUAUCUGGGCUCCUAGAAGGUCUUUUCAUUGUUUUGUAAGCAUGUGUUUUACCUAAAGAGAUCUUCAUUCUCUGCUCAAUAUAGAAACAAAGCUGCUAUGCCAUUAAUGAUUAUCCUAUAUCAGUCGUUGACACUAGGUGGUUGGGGGCACUUGUUCCUGUAUAUAUUGUGCAUACUGGAGAGCAAAUGCUCUGCCACAAAUCUACUCUCCCAUCCUGAUGUACUUAUACACACACCCACAUUGCAGGAUAUCAAGUUCUUUACGGACAUUGAUAUUUUAAAUAUAGUAGAAAAUAUGUGUAAUGACAAAUGAAUAUGUACCCUAACCUGUAUUUUUGUAGCUGGAUGCCAACAGAAAACAAAGGCAUACAGUAAAUUUGCUAUUGUACAGUGUUUGGAAAGCUGUUACAAGCCCAAAACUAUUUUACUCCCCCCCCUCCAAAAAAAAACCAAAAACCUAAAGCAGUUUCUUAAUUCUAUGACGACAGAUUUUCCUGUGGUCAUCUUACACCAAAAUGCCUCAUGAAGUAAGGAAGAUUCAGAAUUGUUGCUUGAUUCUGCAUAAAAGGCUGGAUUAAUCAAGGGAGCACUUACUUGAGAUGAAUCAGAUUAUGUUUUUACCACUUAAAUUUUUUAAAACUAAGAAGAUAAAAUUCAGUCUCAAUGUAAUCUGAAUAAGCCUGCCAAAUAUAUAUUGCAAUAUUGAAAAUGCGAAACACUCCAGGAGGGUAGAUAUUCUUCCCUUUGGCUGUAUUUUGAAUUUUAAGUAAUAUAAUGUAUAAAGCCAGUUCCAACAUGAAGCCAAACCAUAGCUUGAUUUUUCAUAUAAAUGAAAAAUGCUUCCUGAAGAUUGCUUGUCCUGUUUUUAUGUUCCAUUUGCUUAACAUCCCUGUGGUAAAACAACUGACAUAAUUGUGAGAAGCCACCACUGAUAUUGUCAGAUGUUGCAAACCAUGGUGUGGAGGUUAUAGGGAACCUUGGUAAACCUUGUCUAUGGUUUUAGAAUGAUAAAUUAAGUCACUAUAUUUGUAGCAAAGCAGAUUCCUUUUGUAGACAAAGGGGAAAUGGUUAUCAAUAUCAAUUGGCUGCAUUUCCUUGUGUCAAAAACAUUUGUUACUGUUUGAGCCAUCUGAAGUAUACAUCCCCAUUGCUACCCAUCCGAAAGAGCGUGUAAUUUACCUAGUGUAAUAUUUUUGUGUGUACUAAAUAGUAUUUUGUGUAUACUUUUUCAGACAACUCUUGGUUUUUUUUACUACUGUAGCUGAUUAAAAAAGGGCAUGUCGUAAACAUAAAAAAAAACACUUGAUCAUUACAUUGCUACCUACAGUUAUAACAUUACACAUUUAG